AUGCCGCGGCGCCUGCAGCCUCGGAGCGCGGGCACAAAGGGCCCGCCCGGCACGACCGCGGCGGCUUCGGAGGCCGCCUCGCGCCCGCACCCCUCACUCUCCGGAGACCCUCCGGCCUCCGCCAAGCCGCUGCUGCGCUGGGACGAGGUGCCCGACGACUUUGUGGAGUGCUUCAUCCUGUCGGGCUACCGGCGGCUGCCGUGCACGGCGCAGGAGUGCCUAGCCUCGGUGCUGAAGCCUACCAACGAGACGCUCAACUUCUGGACGCACUUCAUCCCACUGCUGCUGUUCCUGAGCAAGUUCUGCCGCCUGUUCUUCCUGAGCGGCCGCGACGUGCCCUUCCACCAUCCGUGGCUGCUGCCGCUGUGGUGCUACGCUUCGGGCGUGCUGCUGACCUUCGCCAUGAGCUGCACGGCGCACGUGUUCAGCUGCCUGUCGCUGCGCCUCCGCGCAGCCUUCUUCUACCUGGACUACGCGUCCAUCAGCUACUACGGCUUUGGCAGCACUGUGGCCUACUACUACUACCUGCUGCCCGGCCUGAGCUUGUUGGACGCCAGGGUGAUGACCCCGUACGUGCAGCAGCGCCUGGGCUGGCACGUGGACUGCACGGGCCUCAUUGCCGCCUACCGCGCGCUCGUGCUGCCCGUGGCCUUCCUGCUGGCCGUGGCCUGCACCGUGGCCUGCUGCAAGAGCCGCACCGACUGGUGCUCUUAUCCGUUCGCGCUGCGCACCUUCGUCUUCGUCAUGCCCCUGAGCAUGGCCUGCCCCAUCAUGCUCGAGAGCUGGCUCUUCGACCUGCGGGGCGAGAACCCCACGCUCUUCGUGCACUUCUACCGCCGCUACUUCUGGCUGGUGGUGGCCGCCUUCUUCAACGUGAGCAAGAUCCCCGAGCGCAUCCAGCCGGGCCUCUUCGACAUCAUCGGCCACAGCCACCAGCUCUUCCACAUCUUCACUUUCCUCAGCAUCUACGACCAGGUGUACUACGUGGAGGAGGGCCUGCGCCAGUUCCUCCAGGCGCCGCCGGACGCGCCCACCUUCUCGGGCACCGUGGGCUACAUGUUGUUGCUGGUUGUCUGCCUGGGGCUGGUCAUCAAGAAGUUCCUCAACAACACCGAAUUCUGCAGUAAAAAGUGA